AUGAACGAGCACUGUCAGUACCACUUCUGGACUCUCGUCCUUGGCCGGAUCCGCACUGACCGAAAGUGGGAAGUCUUUACGCCCCACGGCCCGCUGGUCGAAGCCCUCCUUGAUCGCUUCUGCGUCGCUCGGCAGGAGUACCUGAUUUCUCGUGGCUGCGCCACUGACGAGGCCGAGGAAGACAGAGCCAAGAAUCCCAUCUUCGGCCCCAUGCUCGACAUCGCAUCCAAGGCCCAACUGGUCAGCUUGUUCUACGCCAUCCCCGACGACUGCGAUCUCCUCUUCGCUCCGUCUCCUCCUGGCCGGGCCGCCUCACCUGUCGACGACGCCGUCGCCGGUGCUGCCACUGUCGGCGCUGAUGAAUCUUCUGGCAAUACUACCGAGGAGCAGGAAGAUCAGGAGGACGACAGUCCCGCUGACAACUCUCUUGUGGUGCUGCAGCUUUGGCCUAUCGUCCGACCUCUCGCCCAUAGAGAGCAAGAGCGCCUCGGCCUCCGCACCUACCGUCGCAACGACUUGGCCAAAUAUCUGCGCAACAACACCCAGUAG